AAAGAGCUGAUGGCCGAGGCGGCUGCAAGCGAGCAAGGGCUCACGGCGGAGGAAAAGGACCAAACCUUCCCUGAGGAUGAAGGGGCAGCUGCCCCCUCCGUUUCAGGGGUCUACUUCAUUUGCCCGUUGACUGGGGCAGUUGUCAGGAAAGACAAGAAAGAAAAGCACCUCAGAGAAGCCAUCCAGGCGUAUUUCUCCGUAGACCCGGUGGCUGCCUCGAUCAUGGAGAUUCACACCUUCAAUAAGGACCGGGAGAAAGUGCGAGCGGGCGUGGAGACCAUGGCCAAAUACUUGGACAACAUCUAUCUCCAUCCAGAGGAGGAGAAGUACCGGAAAAUCAAACUGCAGAACAAAGUGUUUCAGGAAAGGAUAAACUGCCUGGAAGGGAUACACAGAUUUUUCCAGGCUAUCGGGUUUGAGACAAAAACACUGCCUGUUCCAGGACAAGAGAGCACGGAGGAGUACUACGUUCUGAGGGACGACAUGCUGACCAGGCUGGAAGAUCUCAAGGGCUACAAAGAGCAGCUUUUAAACUCCGAGCCGGUGCGAGCCCAGCUGGAUCGCCAGCUCUGCGUAUUUAAACCGUCGCCCGAAGCUGCUCGGUUUGAGCUGCCAAACGACUUCUACAACCUCACUGCAGAAGAGAUCAAACGAGAGCAGAGGCUCCGGACAGAAGCGGUGGAGAAGGCUUCAAUGCUGAGGACAAAAGCCAUGCGAGAGAAAGAAGAACAAAGGGAAAUGCGCAAGUACAACUACACCCUGCUACGAGUCCGGUUUCCCGAUGGCUACAUCCUCCAGGGGACUUUUUAUGCCCGAGAAUCGCUAUCUGCGCUCUACAGCUUUGUGAGAGAAGCGCUCAGAGACGACUGGCUGCCCUUUGAGCUGCUGGGACCUGGGGGCCUCAAACUGACUGAUGAGAACUUGGCCUUCAAUGAGUGUGGGCUGGUGCCCUCAGCCCUCCUGACCCUCGCCUGGGACACGGCGGUCAUGGCAGACAUUCAGGCAUCCAGAGAGGAGCAGCCAGCAAGUGCCCUGAAACCAGAACUGCUCUCCAGAGUCCAGACACUGUCGUGA